AAAAAUAGUCAAGAAUAAAGGAUUUGUUGUAGUUGGACAUGAUAUUACCAUACUCUGUUUACCUGAUGCUAAAGUAAAAAUAAUUUUAUUAGCAGAUAUAGAAACUUGUAUAGCUCGAUGUUCUUACCAAACAAAUUCAAAAGAUUAUAUUAAUAUUUUCAAUAAUAUUUUAGAAUGA